AUCUCAGCUUCGGCUCAGUUGAGCAGGCAACUAACUGAACAGGGAGGGUGAGAGGCACACAGGACCCCUGGAGGACUUCUAGGCCACCAUGAAGGUUCACAAUGAAGCAGCUGUGGAGGCACAAAUACAGGAGCUAAGGACCAUCACCCGGCUCCAGGAACAAUGCCGGGCACUCCAGAUCCAGGGCGUGAAGGAGAAAACAGCACAGAAUAAGGCUACAAUGGGCCUUCUGCGCAGCAACCUCCGUCGAGGGGCCCACGAGUGGGCUUUGGCAAAGAAGUAUGACCAGUGGACCAUCUCCAAGGCCUGCGGGAAGGACGCGUCCAUGAGGCUGGCACACUGCCGCAGUUCUAUGGAGGUAGCUCGAGAGAAGCUGCGCAAGUACGUCUUCGACCGUGUGAAUGCACACAACGUGCUGAUUCAUCUGGCUCGUCGACGGGGACAGAAGCUGGAGAGCUUGCAGGGGGAGCUGGCCAGCCUGCGGAACCAGCCGGAUGCCACUAAAGACGAGCUAAAGCUGCUGCAGAUUAUCCGCCAGCUGGAGAACAACAUUGAAAAGACCACGAUCAAGAUCACCACCAGCCAGAACAUCCACAUGCUGUACACAGACCUGCUGGAUUAUCUGAAGAAGGUGCUGGCAGGCUACCCCACAGAGCUAGACAAACUUCAGAACCUGGUGACCAACUACUGCUCGGAGCUGUCAGAUAUGACAGUCAUGUCCCAAGAUGCCAUGAUGAUUACUGAUGAGGUCAAGAGGAAUAUGAGGCAAGGGGAGGCGACCUUCAUCGAGGAGCGAAGGGCACGAGAGAACCGGCUGAAUCAGCAAAAGAAGCUUAUUGACAAGAUCCACACCAAGGAGACCAGCGAGAAGUACCGCCGUGGCCGGAGGGACUUGGAUUUCCCCUCCAAUCUGAUGAGUAUGGACACCAUGAAGGUGAGGAAAAGAGAAACUUCCAUAGCAGACAUGGAAUACCAGACAGAAGUGACUGCUUUGGUCGAGAGGGUCAAAUCUGCUGUGCAGUGCUCCCACCUCUGGGACAUAGCUGGCCGCUUCCUGGCUCAGAAGAAUACAGAGGAGAACCUGGAGCUACAGAUGGAGGAUUGUGAGGAGCGGCGGACCCAGCUGGAGGCCCUGAUGAAGAAGCUGGAACUGGAAGAGGCACUGCUCAAGUUCCACCAGAUACCCAGCUCUGCUGGCUUUAGUUCUAUUGAAAAAAAGAUGAAGAGCAUGCUAGAGGAGGAAGAAGCAAGGCUCCAGCUGGCCCACAACAACAUGACCAAGAGCCAGCAGCUACUACUGGCCAUUCAGACAGGCAUUGACAACCUCUACAUCCGGCUCAUCGGCAUCACCUUGCCAACUACCCAGAAACAAUUAUCAAUAUCUGACACCCUUGAUGUGUAUGGCAAGCUGGACUAUUGCGAGGGAAAGCUCACAUAUCUGGCUGACCGCAUGCAAACGCAGUCCAGAAAUGAGGAGGUCGACGCAAAGGUGAAGGACGUCCUGGAAUCAUCGACUCUAAAGGAGAAACAUAAUACCAGAAUUACCUUUGAGGACCAAGAGGAGGACAUGAUAGAAACCUUCCAGUUUGCGGACGUGGACCAUAGCUACGUCCCUUCGCGGGCCGAGAUAAAAAAACAGGGCCAACGGCUGAUCGAGGGGAAGCUCAAGGUGUCCAAAAAGAAGAAGAAGUAGCCCGGGCCGGGCUUUAGUACACAAAUAAACAUUUUUCCAGAACU